GCGUCGAUCCUCGUCUACGUCCACACUACGGACUCGCCUCUCACGCUCGCCUUCAGCCGAGAGCUUCCGAUUUAACCGGGCGACCUGCAUAGCCCACGGGAGCCCACAUCUUUUGUGUACUAUCUGUCCCUCCUGAUCCCGCAUUUGUAUCGCUAUGGCCGCACCCAGCGCCCGACCUGGGAAUCGUCCCAUGAUCCGUGCCCUUCUGAUUGACCUAUCUGGGACGCUGCACAUAGGCUCCAACCCCACCCCUUCUGCGGUGAAAGCCCUACAGCGGUUGCGGGAUGCCGGUAUCCCCUUCAGAUUCUGUAGCAAUACCAGCAAGGAAUCAACAGAUUCUCUAACGGAGCGCCUGCGCUCCAUGUGUUUUGACGUGCGCUCCGACGGUCCUGGACGCGAGCUCUGGACUAGCAUCGGCGCCGUGACGGCCGCCCUGCACAAGUUCGGCCUCAACCGCCCGUAUUACCUGCUCUCUGACUCGGCGCGCAAGGAGGUUGAGGCCGGUCUAGCGCCCCGCGCAGCCGGGGGCUCGGACGCGCACGACGCGGUGGUUAUCGGACUCGAUCCGCCCUCCUUCGACUACGCACACCUCAACGAAGCCUUCCGCCUGCUCACAGGCGAGGCCCGGGGCGUCUCAGGCCCGGGCGCCGCGCCGCGCACACGUGCCCGCCUCAUCGCGACCCACCAAGCCAAGUAUAUCGAGGGAACCGCGCCGCCUGGCCUGUCACUCGGACCGGGCCCUUUUGUUGCGGCGCUCGAGUACGCCAGCGGCGCACAGGCGCACGUAGUGGGCAAACCCUCCGCCGAGUUCUUUCAGAUGGUUAUCGACGACCUGGGGCCUACUGCCUCCGGGGAUGGCGUGAUUGCUGUUGUAGGCGAUGAUGUGGACGCAGAUCUUGGCGGGGGCGCGGUGCAGCUAGGCCUCUGGCGCGUCCUCGUAAAGACAGGGAAGUACCGGAGCGGUGAUGAGCAGAAGGCAGGUACUGUGCCUCCGGAUGAGAUCGCAGACUCGUUUGCCGACUUCGUGGAUGCGCUGUUGGUGCAGCACACGCCCAAGAGCGCGUAGAUCGGCGAAGAUCCCAUUCUCUACGCCAAGUUAAACAUGAAGGGAACCUUCUCCUGUGUAAGUACAUGUUCUCCCGCUCCCAUCGAUCCUUGCGUACGCCUUCAGGUGCGUCUUAACAUCCCCAACGAAGCUGAUUGCCGCUAUGAUGCAGACGAUAAUGUAUUCAAUAAAUUGUGGCCAAUUUACAGGGUCAUUCCCUUGACUUUCCCUCGGACCUUUUCCAAGCGUACUUUGUCAGUUGUGGCAGCCUAGCGUGCAACAGGUCCCGAUACACGACUGUCUGCUUUUCAAGCGAGCUGCUCUCCUGCACGCGCUUUACAUGCGGGCAUGAGAAACUGUCCCACACAUCAACAGUUCCUACCGCAAGGCCGAUCUCAUCGUGUGCAAGGAC